AUAAGUUCUACCAUUUCCACUAGAGAGAGAGAGAAAGAGUUUAGUAGGAAGAAACUCUGGCUGUUCUGUCUCUCAUAUAUAUCUCAUAUAUAGAGAGACAGAGAGAGAUUUACUGCAAAUUCCAUAUAUGAAUUGACAAGUCCGAGGAGAGAGAGAGAGAGAGAGAUUAGGAUGAAGGACUGGGCUUCACCGAUUGUGGCCUUAACUUUGUUCGCGCUGCUAACUCCAGGGUUGAUUUUCCAGCUACCUGGGAAACACAGGGCUGUGGACUUCAUGAACAUGAAAACCAGUCUCAUUUCAAUAGUGGUACACUCCUUCAUUUUCGGAUUGCUUCUGAUGUUAUUCAUCGUCGUUUUGCAUAUCCAUGUCUAUGUAUAAAUGUGGUUUGGUGCAUCAUUGUGCUAUGAAAAAAAAACAUGUUUGGUAAUAUGAGUGAGAAAAGUU